GUGGCCGCUCCGCCAGGGCCGUCGGUCGCCGCGCGCAGGAGGCGGCGGCUCGCGCUGCGGCCGUUGGGGCGGGCGUGGGCCGCGCCUCGCCGGGGCGGAGGCGACGGUGAUGCGGCGCUGAGCGCUGACGCCCGCCCGCCUCCCUCCCUCAGCCCGGUGCCUCCGCGCCCCCUCCCCCGCCCCACCCGGCGGCCGCGUAGCCGGGGCCCGGCGGGGGAGCGCCGAGCUCCAUGGGCAACACCGUCACCUGCUGCGUGUCGCCGGACGCCAGCCCCAAGCUCGGCCGGGCCCGCGGCGGCGGCGGCGGCGGGGCGGCGGCGGGGCCCGAGCGCUGGGCGGACGCGUACCAGGCGGCGGCGAGCGGCGGCGGCUCGGGCUCGGCGGAGGCCGACUCGGGGGACUCGGAGCCCGGCGGCGGCGGCCCGCACCUCCAGCACAUCAGCGACCGCGAGUUCCCGGAUGAUUUAGCCUUGGAAUCCAAUCCGUCUGAUCAUCCCAGAGCAAGCACAAUUUUCCUGAGCAAGUCUCAAACAGAUGUGCGAGAGAAGAGGAAGAGUAACCACAUCAACCACGUUUCUCCAGGACAGCUUACAAAAAAAUACAGCUCAUGCUCAACAAUAUUUAUAGAUGACAGUACAGUCAGUCAACCUAAUCUUAGAAGCACAAUAAAGUGCGUAACAUUAGCAAUAUUCUACCACAUAAAGAACAGAGAUUCAGACAGAUCAUUGGAUAUUUUUGAUGAAAAAUCUCAUCCUCUCACACGGGAAGAAGUUCCGGAUGACUACUACAAGCAUGACCCUGAUCACAAGCACAUCUACCGCUUUGUUCGGACGCUUUUUAGUGCUGCACAGCUGACAGCUGAAUGUGCAAUAGUGACACUGGUUUAUUUGGAAAGGCUUUUAACCUAUGCAGAGAUUGACAUCUGCCCUAGUAACUGGAAGAGGAUAGUCUUAGGAGCUAUUCUACUGGCUUCUAAAGUCUGGGAUGAUCAGGCUGUUUGGAAUGUGGAUUACUGCCAAAUAUUGAAGGACAUUACUGUUGAGGACAUGAAUGAGAUGGAAAGACACUUCUUGGAGCUACUGCAGUUUAAUAUCAAUGUUCCUGCCAGUGUUUACGCCAAAUACUACUUCGAUCUUCGCUCCCUAGCAGAUGACAAUAACCUGAGCUUUCUGCUGGAGCCUCUUAGUAAAGAGAGAGCACAGAAACUGGAGGCUAUCUCCCGGCUGUGUGAAGAUAAAUACAAAGACUUGUCAAAAGCUGCUAUGAGACGAUCUUUCAGUGCUGAUAAUUUAGUUGGUAUCCGCCGUUCUAAUGCCAUCCUCUCCUGAGGAGAGAGAAAGGUGCAGCACCACGAACCAGCGUCCACACGGAUUGGAGGAAUACCACCACUCCAUGCACACAAGCCAGCGGUGAUGGCGUCUUCCAGCAAAAGGAGAGGAGGGGUAAAAUUAGCCAAGGGAGCCCAGAGCUUGAGGAGCAUACUUGGUGCAUGACAAGAUCUUUGUCAAAUCAACUCUCUCCUCCUUUUUAAUUUAUCCAGAGAUGCAAAAACAAACUUCUCUCCAUCUUUUCCCCACAGAUGUUUGCUUACUAUGUAGGCCUAUAGCUGUGAACUCUUGAGGUUUUUAAUAACAAGUAGUUUUACAUUUUAGAAUUUAAACACUAACCACAUGACUAUAGUUACAAUGUUCUUCCCUCCUCUCCCCUGUCAUCCAGAGUCUCGCUGCAUUUGUACUUCAGGUCAAUGCGGUGUUAAAAACAAAACAGAAGGUGGGACUCUUUAAAGUAUCAAGCCACUCUGGAGCUGAAAACAACAGCCUUGACACCUGUUGAUGGUUUUUCCCUGGUUUGGCUACUGAAAGCUGCUAUUAUUGGUGAUCUGUUCGUAACCAAGAAGCUGCACAGCAGGAAGGAAUCCCGACUCUGCACCAACAACUUCACUCCAGUAGAUUGUCAAAGGACUUGGUAUGUUUUGAGUGGGGGCAGAGAGAUGGCUUUCUGUAUUGUUAAAAUAUAUAGGGUCCAUGCUGCAUUUCUUGUGAAUUAUGGUGCUUCUCUCAUUUUUCUGAUACUUGUUACUGCUCUGGAAGAGACGCAAUCUGUAUAUUUUUUCUGAGGCAUUGAAUGAGAAAGUUGGUCUGGAAAUAUCAUCACCAUCCCAAACAGCGUAGCAAUCCAGUGGUGAAUGGCAUGUGUGCAGCACUGCUUCUCGAGUUCUACUGCAGAUCUCUCGUGCUAUAUACAGUGGAGUUCCUAAAGCUGAUAUUGUGCAUCCAUUUGGCUCCCCUUGAGUUUUUGUUUCUUGGGAGGGAUUUACAAUCAUGAUAAGGUAGAGUUUGAGAAUCUUGGACUACCUAACCAGGUAGAUUGAAAAAAAAAUUAAUUGAAAAUUAUCAAAAAUAUUUCUGUAAAACUUUUUUUUUUUCUUUUUUCCUCCAAAGUGAAUUUUAUCUUGUGCAACUGCUUUUGAGGCUUGGGUUUUUGUUCCUUCUGAGACUUUGGAAUGGACCUUACUUUUUCAGGCUCUGAAACUGAACUCUGAACAGGAUAAGUAUUACUAGACUCUUCCUGUUACAAGUCUUUGUAAUAUCUUCCCUUCUUGGAUCCAAAUAGAUUCUAGGCGGUUUGUCCUAGGAGCAGAUCUCCCUCCAAAUGGCACAGUUUCUGUGCACUUCAUCUAGCCAAGGUCCAGAAACUCACACUGAACAGUGAGUCCACACACUUUUGAGAGGGGGGGCUAGGCAGUGGGGGUCUGAGUGUAACAAUCAGUCUGGCUGCACUCAGCUGUUAAAAUGGUGCAUAUUGAUUGUCUUUUGUGGUAUGCAAAUACGCCAGCCCCUGGCUCUCAAAUCCAUGGAACUUGGCACUUCAGGUAUUGAUCACAAUUGAAUUUUGGAAAUAAUGCUACAUCUUCAGGUGGUUUUCCUUUCUCAUGUUUGUAUUAAAAGAAAAGCUAAUAAACUCUAUUUUAAUUAAA